CAAGAUGCGGGAGCUGUCGAUCCCGCCAAGAUCGAAAUGGCUGUGGCUGAAGUCGAGAUGCUGACGGAUGUCUUCAACCGUUUGGUCAACUCUUGCCACGCGAAAUGUAUCCAACCAGACCCCAUGAAGCACCGAUACAACGAAGGCGACCUCCUCAAAGGAGAAUCAGUCUGCAUAGAUAGAUGUACGGCCAAGUUUUUCGAAGUCAACAAGGUUGUCGGGGAGAGGAUGCAGACCAUGGGUCAGAACGCUCAGGCGACUGGCGGAUUCGGGAGGUAG